AUAAAAGAAUCUUGGUAUGAUUUCGCAGGCCAUUAAAAUUGAUGGUGGAUGCCUUGGUGUAAGAUCUCUUGUGUUACGAGGUACCUAGUUGCAAGAACCUCUUCUAAAAUAUUCGAACACUGACCAUUCCUUUACUUAGGGAAGUCUCUGCCAUGGCACCACAUAGACCUAACCUGAUAACACUUUAUUACAUAAAACGGUUAUUGCAUUUCUUUUAAUACUUGCUCACCGUCUGUUGCCAAGGUGGGGCUUAGGAGACGGACUAGGAUCCAAUGUUUGUCGCAACAAACCACCCCCCCUUUCCCCACAACAGCUCUUCCUGGUAUUUGGAUAACCUGCUAAAAGUAGAGCAGGUUUCCAUAGUCGACCUGAUCUUUCUGGUCUGGUAGGCUACAUCUGAAACCCAAGCUAUAGCAUUAUCAAAUUAUCUGGCAAACCCAUUACUGCAUGGUUCUGCAAGAAUGGGGCUGCCCUGUAUAACAAAUUGGUAAAAUUGUGGGGAAAGAAGUGCCUUGCAGACAGAGGUGAUAUCGAUAAGACUGCUAUAUCCCUCCUACAGGCCAUAGAACCCCACCAACACUACCAAAAAUUACUUUCUGUAGACCUGACCUGACCUUUUUUUAAGGUUUACAUUGGUGAAUCCCUCCAUCUAACAAUCCAUCAGACAAGAUCCACCUUCCUGUGUCGGUCAAUUGGAGGCUCUAGGACCUACUAAACCCUGCCAUUCCAAUGCCCUCUGUACCCAACCUGGCCAUGCUCAUUCAAACUGCUCUGGACUGCAAAGUGCAGUAGCUACCAUAAUCUGUUUUACAGUGGUAAGUUUGAUUUUAAACUUGGCCAGAAUGGGAACAGACUUUUCUUUCUGCCCCCUCCCCUCCCUCCAAAGACUUUUCUAAAUCUCUUCCUCCCACUUCUACCCUCCCUCUAAAUUAAAAAUGGCAAAAGAAUUUGACCAAUGCCCCAAUUUUCAUUAGCCCAGAUACUCCAAUCUCUACUUGCGUGGUACUUACCCCUCUUCCUCAUCGUUCAACUACUUGUAUGCGACAAGCUUAAUGUUCCACCCCAUCUACCACAUCCUCCUACAUGAACUACUCCCCUUCACCCCUCAAAAGUGUCCCCCUUCUAAACCGUCAGACCUUCCCUUCCAAAUCCACUUCAAACUCUCGUACAUUCAAAACUAUCUAACCAUGACCCAAGAUCCAUCCAUCCUCUUUGUUCUCCUGCAACACUUCCUUCCACUCCAUCGAAAUCCAUCCCAUUCCCCCUUGCUUCAUCUGCAUCACCCCCUCCCCUCCCUUCCCCAUUAUUCCUUCUACUCCUCCAUGGAUACUGUCGCAACCUUCCCUGGAUAUGCUUUCUCCUGAAACUGAUCUAAUUGGCCCCUUUCUCCUUUCGCUAAUCCCUAUUUUCCCCUACAGACCUUUUUGUAGAAUCUUACUUCCUCCUCUGACAACUUAGAUCUAAUCACCCUUCACCCCUAAUUGGCCCAUUUACUCCUUCUCUACCCUCCCCCAUCUUUGCCCCAUUCAAUGUCAUACUAUCCUGAAGGGUCCCCCAAUACCUUGCUGUCCUGAAGGGGGUUGGGGGGGGGGGUAGGAGAUGGAGACUGAGGCCCAGUGUAAGAUUACCUCUUCCUUGUAUUUCAGCCCUUGCCUCAACUAAUUUUGCAUAUUUUCUAUUCUUUCUCUUCAUCCCUGUCCACUAACUUAACUCCUCUUUAGCCUUUUCACCACAAUACUUUAAUGCUGAGAGACCUUUGGGGGUUUCCAGAAUGGUCAAUGAUCAAAACAAACAUCACCUUGUGAACCAAGAAACUCCUUAGCCAGGUGCUUUGCCCUCAAGCCCCACCCUAUUGCUAUAUUUUGAAUAUGCCACUAAUGAUCCUAGAUGUCAACAUUGCAGAACAUUUCCAAUAAAUUAAUACAAACGCCUAUUCCAAAACUCUCCUUUCCUUCGCUCCUCUCCCAUCUUCCCCAGAUAUAUUUCCUUUACUGACCAUCCUAUUUUUUUUUAAUAAAGAUAUUCCAAUCCCUUCCUCAAUGCUUACCCCUCCUCCUCAUCCUCAUCCUCCUUCACUUUACAUGUCGUACCAAUCCAUCUAAACGUUUCACCCCAUCUACCACAUCCUCUCCUACACCCACCUCUUCCUCUUCUCCUUGGACAUCUGUCGCCUCUUUCUCAUAAGAAGCGACAGAUGUCUGUCAAACGUCCAGAACUCUUGAACAUCCAAACUUACUAAACAUGACCCAAGAGUGCUCCUCUCUCUCAUCCACCCUCCAAUUUUCUCUAUCCCUAUUCCCUCCUCCAAUCAAAGUAAUUACUGAUAUUUAUCCAUCCUUUUCAUGUUCCACCAACACCUUUCUCCCCCUCUCCCCUUCUUCCCUUCUCCUUGUACAUCAUCCCCUCUUCUUUCCCCAUUAUCCUUACUGCUCCCACCACGAUGCUCACGUGAUUCCCUUGUCGCAACAGUAUCCUUCUGGUCCUCCCCCCCCCCCCCCCCCUGACGUUUUUUCCUCUUUCCUUAUCUCGAUCCCAGGAUGAUUUCCUACUUGUCACCCAUAUCUACUCUUAUUAUCCACUGACUGCUUUUUUUGUUUUUCUCCUCCCCCCCCCCCCCUCUCUCUCUCUCUCUCUCUCUCUCUCUCUCUCUCUCUCUCUCUCUCUCUCUCUCUCUCUCUCUCUCUCUCUCUCUCUCUCUCUCCAUCCCUGUUGUCCAUGUAUCCUGACCGUUAACCAAUUUUUACCCCUUUUCGCCACUAUUUUUUCAUAAUGCUGUGUGACCUUUUGAUGUUUGGAUCAAUUAUUUUUGACCAUUGUGGGUUUCCAAAAUAAUCAAACUUCGCCUUGUGAACCAGAUAACUAUUUACCUGGAGGCUUCACCACCAAGCCCAGCCCCAUCGCUAUAUUUUGAAUAUACCGCUAAUGACCUUGAAUGAUGCUGAAAAAUAAAUAUGCAGCAAGUUCGCUAGGGACAUACAAAUUCCCCUGUGAGUUUGCAGUCCAUAUAGAAUCGGGAAGUGUUAGCUUGUAGUAAUAUUAAGGCAGCAGCAGGACAUUGGAUGUCUUUUCUAGAGCAGAACCCCCCCUCCCCCCCUUGAUGGAGUCAACGGUUGGGAAUGAAACGUCGGCCAGGCAGAUAUCUCGAUAUGGUACUGCUAUGGCAUGGAGAAGGAUGGGCUCCGCCAUGCGACAUCUCCCUGGACACACCACAUUGAAGAUAACAAUCACAACUCGAUGCAUAUCGGCUCGGCCGUCGCCCGGAACAAGGACCAUGCUUUCCGUUGCUGGCCAUCAGGAUGGAAGUGAAAAGUAUACUGCUGAUGGACCAUAUCAUUACGUGCCAGAAACCUCACCAUUGGCUCCUGGAAUGUGAGAUCACUGAGCACUGAAGGGAGAGUUGAAGAAAUACAUGAAAUGAAGAGGUAUUGAUGAAACAUUUUUUGACUUUGAAGUAUGUUGGGAAAACUUUGGAGAAACGUGUGUAGAAUUCAUGUCUAACAAAUUGCAAGAACAACAACGAAGGGAAGUACAGGAAAACUCUAUAUUCACAAAGACAAUGUGAAUGCCAUCGUGGGUUGUCGACCAGUCUCUAGCCGACUCAUUACCAUUCGUCUGAAAGCAAAAAAGUCGUACCAGACGCCCAAGAAAGAUAUUGUAUUGUAAAACGACUGGAAUGCAAAAAAAAAAAAAGAGGAUACGUGCAAGAGCCGGAAAGGGACAUGUGGCCAAUAUUGCAACUCUGAGACCAACAAAAGAUUUGAGGCUCCGAGAAUUCGCUAGUUACAACAUUCAGAAACCACAAACCAGACAUUAGACAUGGCACAGCCUGGGAGAAAAUACCACAAUCAGAUCGACUACAUAAUUAUCAAUCAUGAUGAUCAAACUCCGCCUCCAAGGAAUGAAAAAUAAGAGUAUGUAAGAAUUAACUCAAUCUCAACAUCGCAGAAACUUUCCAAACUAUGAUAGUAGGAAAGAUGACAUUCUAAAGUUGUGCGACAAACAUAGAGAACUUAAACAAACGAAGAAUACAGCUGAAAAAAACCGUAUUCUACAGGGAAGCCAACCAAUAAGUUAGAAAAAGCAUGAGAAAAGCAGAGGAAACAUGGUUUGAAGACCAGUGCCAAGGAAUCGACAACUUGAUCAGAACUAUAAGAUACCUCUACAAGGUGAUCAGCCUAAUCUAUCAUAACAUUAUUAGAAAAUGGUUCCAAAUAACAAGUAGAGUACGUCAAGGUUGUCUGUUUUAGAAAGAAAGUUCACCAUCUUGAAGUUGCCUCCACAGCAUGUGGCAUGCUGUGGAGGCACAGUUGAGAAGACAGUUGAUGACAAAUAGCACUAAUGGCAUCAGCACUGACAUCACCAUAGACAACAAAAAACGGGAGACCGUCCAUAACUUCAAAUAUCUGGGAGCUAUAGUGUCGGAUGAGGGCUCCAAAGCCCAAAGUUCUCUCCAGGAUAGCCCAAACCAUAGCUGCAGUGACCAAACUAAAAAUUGUUUGGGACGACAAGAACAUCUCCAUCAGUUCUAAGAUCAGAAUGAUGCGCUCAUUGAUAAUGUGGACAAUAACAGCAGAAAUUGAGAGAAGGAUACAGACAUUAGAGAUGAGAUGUUUUCGGUAUCUCUUAGCCAUUUGAAGUCAUGGUGAUACAAAGCUAACCACCUAAACAUUCGGGUCCAGGGCUAUUAUCAGAAUCGCUAGUGAACUGCACACUAUUUUCCUUGAUAAAUAGAUACCCUGGCUUCAGAGAAAACGAAUAUUUUUCCCCGGCGAAGCGGUUUCAUUUCCAUUGAGCCAAUGGAGGGGAAGGUCAUGUGCAGAGAUGUCAGCAAAGGAGGAAUCUUGCUUAAAAUUACGAUCUUGUCCAUAGAAUAUUGUUGGAAGACAUUCCCUCUGGUUCAGAAACCAGAUGAUGAUGAUGAUGAUGAUGAUGAUGAUGAUGAUGAUGAUGAUGGAAGUGAUGAUGAAGCCGAUUUACCAGAAAACAAUACAAAUUCAGAUGCUGAAGAGGCAGAUGAACCCACUGACCAAGUGUUGCCAGAUCUCGAAGACGAUGUGAAUAACAAUACUCCAGAUGUUUCUUCAUCUUUUGAAUGUGCAAGUGCAAGAUUUAUGUUUUACUGGUGACUCAAUGGGACCGACUUCCAUCUUUCAAAAUCUAGAUAGAAUUUCACCUCUUGCUAUUUUUUAUAUUUUUCUUAGUGAUGCUUUAUUUGAUAAUAUUGUUUUUCAGACAAAUCUAUAUGCCCAACAAAAAGGAAAAUCAUUCAAGCCGAUUACAAAAUCAGAAGUACAGAUUUUCACAGGGAUAAUCUUUUUGAUGGGCAUGAAGAAGUGUCCUUCCUAUAGGGGUUAUCGAGCAGCAAAUGUUUGCCUUAGGUGUGACUUCAUUGCAAAUACAAUGAGUUGGACGAGAUUUGAGUAGAUUCUAACCCCCCAUUUGCAUGUGAAUGAUAAUAGGUUAAGUCCGUAGAGAUGAUCCACACUUUAACAAAUUGUACAAAAUACGACCUUUCCUUGAUUGCUUAAAUAAUCAAUUUCAGAGAUUCAGACAAUAGAUGAAUCUAUGAUCGGUUUCAAGGGUAGAAGUUCCCUAAACCUAUAAGACGUGGCUAUAAGGUUUGGUUAUGAACUGACUCCAGUGGUUUUGUGUGCCAGUUUGAUAUAUAUACACAGGCAAACAAGGCGGUGCCCCUAAUGUUGGUUUAGGAGAAAAGGUUAUGCUCGCCCUUUCACAAGCACUACCGCAUAAGGGAUACAGGAUGGAUCCUUCUGGUAGCAGUGUCACCAAAUGGACUGACAUAAAACCUGUCAGUUUCAUUUCUAACAUGCACAACCCUUCAGAGAUGAGUACUGUUAGUCGACGGAAGAAAGAUGGAACCAUAAUUGAUGUAAAUGCUCCUAAUAUUGUUACUUUUUAUAGAACCAACAUGGGAUCUGUUGAUAAAACAGACUGCCUGAAGUCGUACUGUGAAACAGAUAGAAAAGCGAGGAAUUGGUGGCGCUGCAUCUUUUUCCACUUCUUGGAUGUUGCAGUCGUAAACUCGAUGGUUAUAUAUAGAAUGCUGGAUGAAGGUCAAGCUAUGAACUUGAAGCAGUUCAAGAUCUCCCUUUGUACUAGCCUAAUUGGUGCAGCAGGAAUGGACUCAAGGGGUCCAGCAUCCAAGGAUAUCCCAAGGAGAAACCGUAAACGAAGACGAAAACGAAUCAUUCCUGAAGGGAUCAGGACAAGCCAAACUAAACAUAUGCUAGCUAUUAGCCAAUCAUACAGACGCUGCAAUCAUAGUAGCACAAAAGCAGAACCACACAGAACAAAGUGGAUAUGCUCAACAUGGAACUGCUUUGCUGCUUUUCAUAAAUUAGAUGAUAUGCAGUGAUCUUAGGUAACAGAAAAAGAAGUGUAAUUUAUAUAAUUUUGAAAGAUGAUGAUGUCUAAUUUCAAGUCUAUGGAAGUGAUAUUGUUAUAUAAGAACCUGCUUCGAAGACGCCGGGUGGUUGGCGAGAGUAACCACUGCUGUGAUUCUUGAACCGAAGGAAAUUUUUAUUACAUGGAAUCUUAAUUUUGUUCAACCAUGUUUGAGAUUUAUCACAGUAUAUGUUAAAAAAAAUAAAUAGAAAAUAAAAAAU